CCCAGCAUCGUCCCCUGCCCUGGCCAUUGACCAGGCACUAUYAAACCAGACGGGCAAGAGGCAGCUGCAGGAAGGCAACCAGGAGUGCAGGACAUGGCAACCUACGUGCAGCUAAACACCACUGCCAAAAUGCCCCUCGUGGGACUGGGCACCUGGAAGUCCCCAGCUGGGCAAGUAAAAGCUGCAGUGAUGGCUGCCAUCGAUGCCGGGUACCGCCACUUUGACUGUGCCUAUGCAUACAUGAAUGAGCAUGAAGUUGGGGAAGGGAUCCAGCAGAAAAUCAAAGAAGGUGUUGUGAAACGAGAAGACCUCUUUGUUGUCAGCAAGCUGUGGUGCACCUUUCAUGAGAAGCAUCUGGUGAAGGGAGGCUGCCAGAAGACCCUUGCUGCCCUGAAACUGGAUUACCUGGAUCUCUACCUCAUCCACUGGCCUUUUGGCUACAAGGCAGGAGAGGAGCUGUUUCCCAAAGAUGACAAAGGCAUGGCUAUACCCAGCAACAGCAAUCUUCUAGAGACAUGGGAGGCCAUGGAAGAGCUGGUGGACUGUGGACUGGUAAAAGCCAUUGGAUUCUCCAACUUUAAUCAUGACCAGAUUGAAAGAAUCCUUAACAAGCCAGGACUGAAAUACAARCCUGCAAAUGUCCAGAUUGAAUCUCAUCCAUACCUCACCCAGGAAAAACUGAUCAAGUACUGUCAGUCCAAAGGGCUGGCUGUGACCGCAUACUGUCCCCUUGGCUCUCCUGACAGACCAUGGGCUAAGCCMGGGGAUCCUUCCCUUCUGGAUGACCCCAGGAUCAAAGAGAUUGCAGCCAAGCAUAACAAAACCCCAGCACAGGUUCUCCUUCGCUUCCAGAUGCAGAGAAAUGURAUUGUGAUUCCUAAGUCUGUYACCCCACAGCGCAUUGUGGAGAACUUCCAGGUGUUUGACUUUGAACUGACUAAAGAAGAGAUGGCAACUAUUAUGACCUUCAACAGAAACUGGAGGAUCUGUGAAAUGAAYGUAUCCAGAAAUCUCAAGGAAUACCCUUUCCAUGCAGAAUACUGAAGGUGCUUGUAAUAUGGACUUCAUCAGACCACUGCUAUCUCAUGUGCCUCUGCUCUAAUGUUGAGCUAUUUAUCGUAUCUUCUUAUUGCAUCUGCUGUGAUGCUGCCAGUGAAGAUAUGGGAURUCUAUCGCAUGAAAUUUGGUUUCUUGGAAGUCGGAAAGAGUAUUUUCUACAGCGCAAAAAUUUCUGCAGCACCAUCAUUCAGUGAUUGCCUUCAGUCUUGCUUCAGUAGAAACUAGAUGUUGACAAACUACAAAAAACACCCCAUAGAUCUACUAUUUAAUCAGAAGUGUCCUAUAUUUUAAAUAAAAUUGACUUUAAAAUGCA